GUCUCGUUAAACUCGUGUCGUCAUUUCCGGUUAUUAAAGAUCUCGCCCUGGACACAAGUCAGCCGACUUAUUUGCUUUUGGGUUUCAGCAAAUGAAAAUAAACAAGGCUUCUGAGAAAUUACCGCACGGAACUCACCCAGAAUCACUGUAAAAGGUUUCCCCCUCUGCCCAAUGUUGUGAGCUAUGGAUAUGGACAUCCCUGUCACCCUCGUCAUUAAGGCGCCUAAUCAGAAGUAUGAUGACCAGACCAUAAAUUGCUUCUUGAACUGGACGGUGGAGAAACUUAAAACCCACCUCUCACACGUUUAUCCCAGUAAGCCGAGUUCCAAGGACCAGAGGUUAGUGUAUGCGGGGAAGCUGCUCACGGAUCACCUACAACUCAAGGAUGUGUUAAGAAAGCAUGAUGAGUAUCACAUGUUUCACCUGGUGUGCGCCUCACGAACCCCACCAGGGUCCCCUCAGCCACGCAGACGAAGCAGUAAGGGCUCCAAGUCCCACACAAGCUCAGCCACUCCCUCAGCCAGUACAGAGAGUCCUGGUGACGCAGCGUCUCCUUCAGAGGGCCAGUCACAUGUUGGAGGACAGCACACAGCUGAGCAGAGCCAGCAAGGUCACUUUAUCAACACUACAGCGCACCCCGCCUUUGCACAGGGUUACCCGUGGCCUCAGUUUCCCCCGGCGCCCGGCGCUCCCUCCGGAACAGCCCUUCCCAUCAGCCCCAUGAGCCUGAUGUGGUGGCAGCAGGUCUACGCCUGGCAGCUCUACAUGCACUAUCAAGCCUCAAUGGCUGCGUAUUAUCAGACAGCAAGCCCCAUUCCCCCUACCGGCGAAUCAGAGUUGCCCAGAGAGCAGCGGCAGGCUGCCCCUGCCGACCUUGCAGGUGGGGAGGGGCAGGAUGAGGACGAACAGAACCACGAUUGGCUGGAUUGGGUGUACACGGGGUCACGGGCAGUCGCCCUGCUCAGCAUUGUCUACUUCUACUCCUCCUUCAGCCGAUUCGUCAUGGUCAUGGGAGGCAUGCUGAUGUUCUACCUUCAUCAAGCUGGCUGGCUCCCUUUCAACCUAGAGAAUGAGCUGCAGAACCUGGUAGACGGGGGCAACCAGGACGAACUGGACGGAGAUCUGAAUGACCUCCAGGAUCUGGAGCGCGUCAUGGACGACGGCCUAGGAGAUGAGGAUGGGGACAGCGGAGAGGAAGGCAGCGAAGGACCCCCGGGAGAAGACCAAAGUGGCUUUUUCUCCUCCGCCUGGUCUUUCAUCACCACCUUCUUCACCUCCCUCGUCCCCGAGGGCCUGCCCAACGCAGCCCACUGAACCAUGGGAGUUGUAGUUCAACUCGACAUGAUGCCACUUUCGGGCCCAUCCACUGUGAUAAGGAGCAACAUGUGACUUUGUUGGCUCUUGUGGGCUCACUGUUGACUUUGUUGGAGGACAGGCGUGUAGCAGCUUAAAAAAGACAAUGGAGUGUAUAAACUGUGGGGCCCAUUUCAGAUUGUAGAUCCUAUGCACAUCCCCUCAACUGUGAAUAGAACAUUUGAGCAGGUCCAGUUAAGCAGAGAGGAGGAGAGCGAGUGGUGAGAGAAACGAUAAAGUGUCUUAUUUCAAACGGCAGUCUUAAAUUACAAGUGACAAGAGAGAAACUCUCACUCAUUCUCUUUGUGGUAAGUGAUUUGAGAGAAACUGAUUAUCUGUGUUAAGUGGUUUUGUAUAUCAUGGCAGUCAGCCUCCAAUCUGAGCAAUUGAACAACUGUGUGUGUUAGCCUAUGGCUGCAUUGUUGCAUUGUCAUUUUUAAUGUUUAAAAAAAUGUUUUAAGACUAUUUUCGGUAAAAAAGAAGCUUUGGAACUAAAGGCUCUUAUGUACCCCCUAAUUUGUGUGGUCAUUGUGUGAUCGGCUCCCUUAUAAUUGCUUGUGUGUUAAAGCGCGUUACAUAAAGGGUGGUCCUGAAAACCAAGUAAAAUCA